UUUUUGUUUUUUUUUGUGUGUGUGUCAUCACUGAGUGUUUGGUCCCACAGUGAACAGCUUUCAUGGACACACGGGUGACCUCAGCUCCUCACUCAGUAAAGCGCUGGCAGCUCAGUGGGACGGACUAUCAGCCGCCUCUGCGGCCUGGGACCCUCCUCAGCUCCUGGACGCCACUGAGCAACAAUCAGAGCAACCUGCAGCUAUUUGAGGAGAGGACGAACCUCGUGCUGCACUGGUUUGAUCUGUGGACGGACAAACAGAGGAAGCACCUGCUGCACUGUUUGCUCACACGCUGCACAAAGUCACAGCUCAAGUACUGCCGGGAUCUGCUGAAUGAGACGGUUCCUGUGACGCAAGUGGACUUUACGUCCGUGCUGCCUCGGUUUCUCUCCCUAUAUGUGCUGUCCUUCCUGUCCCCUCGUGAUCUCUGUGCGGCUGCUCAGGUCAGCUGGCACUGGAGGUUCUUGGCUGAGCAGGACUGUAUCUGGACGGGUCGAUGCAUUCGAAGAGGCUGGUUCCUUCCCUACACGCCUGAUUCAAAAGAGUUUGGAGCGUGGAAGAAGCACUAUGUCUCCUGCGUGUCGAUGCUGGACUGGCUCACUCCUCGGGAGGCGGCCGAGCGAUACGGACACCCCCUCAACCAGCAAAACGGGGAUGUGACAGAGGAGGAGGAGGAGAGGAGGAAGGGGAGGAGGAUGAGGCAGAUGAUCAGGGAGAAGCUUCAGGAGGAGAAGAGACUAUCUAUGAGAACCAGGAGAGCAUGGGGCAGCUCCACAAAGCAAGGCGGAGUCAGAGGUGGAAGUGCCCACACUGGGAGACCUAACACUGGGUUACAAUUCAGUUCAUGGCCUUCCCUAAGAACUGUCACAUCAUCUGGCCUCCAUCAGAGCCAGGAUGAGGGACAGUUCAUGAAUACUACUCAGAGUUUGGAGGCCUCCAAUUCAUUCAGUGGAAGACUGAACAAAGCCUGUGGAGCACUGGCCUCCUUCACCUUCAGACCUGAAGAGUCACAAAUAUUUUCACCCAUUCAUCGAACUACUACUGCUCUCUUACUGCUCAUCUCCAACCGGGUCCCGGCUUAUGAGUUGUUGCUGAGUGGCGUGAAGGCAGGAGUGACUGUGGUUGUGUACGACCACAGAGGGACCCUCUCCGCUCUGUUGACCCAGGUGGAGGGGGCUCUAAGUGGGCAGACAGUUCGGAGGAUAGGCGCGUUAGCUCCGGCAGGGACAGAAGAAAUCCAUCUGCUUCAAAGCAGUACCCUCUCAGAGAGGACUUUGCUGACCACUGAAUAUCAAGAAUUCUGGGAAAAACUCUGUGGCUGGGUGGUGCCAUCUCAGGAUGGGAGAGGAAUUGAUAUCUUCUCCCCACUGGCUGCGUCUGCAUCAGGAGUGACCCUCAUGCGGACUCUCUCUACUCUAACUGGUCUGGAGGUUUGUGCCCCAAUGGGCCUCACCACGGGAAGUUUCCAGAACAUCCUGAGUGAGUGGUCAGACAGUAGUUUGUGCAGCGGCGUAUCGAAGCAGCACCCCGCAGCACCAGCACUACAGUAUGUGUGGGAGAGCACGCUUCAGGGCUGGUGCCGACAGGCUGAGUGGAUGGAGGAGGCUCUGGGGGAAUUGAGGCUCCACCUGGGGCCACAGCUACAACGGGUCAGCCUCCAGGCUGGAGGCCGAGCUCUGGGUCAUUUUUUGUGGGAGAAAAUCUGCCUGGAGGAGAUUUGUGUGUCGAAAGAGCUCAGCAAGGCUCUGACUGAGGGACUCGCUGCUCUGACCAGACAGGAGGAGACAAGACCGUUGGAGUUUCUCGCUCUGUUUCUGACGACGUGGAGUGAGAAGGAGGAGGGAGAAGAGAGUCAUCUUACUGAAGAUCAUUCCUCUCCAGCAUCACAUUGUUCUCUGAAACCUCUCCCUGAGCUACAACAAACAGUGUUGGACUGGAGAGGUGUUGUGGUCAGAGAACUGCACCACAGCGAGGGUCUCUAUCUGGGGAGGCUGAAGGCUGUGCUGAAGGUGUAUCAGGAGCCUCUGACAGCAGCUCUGAACUCUAACAGGGCCAUUCUCAGAUACGCAGACAUCCAGAUCAUCUUCAGUCCUGUCACAAAAUUACUGGAACUCAACAGUGUGUUUCAGGUGGAUCUUCAGGCGAGGCUGCAGCACUGGGGUCCAGAGCAGUGUGUCGGAGACGUGUUCGUGAAACUGUGCUCAAGUCUCAGAGUCUACACCAACUAUCUCAACAACUACAUCACAGCACUGAGCACCAUCGACAAGGGCAGGGAGACGAAACCUGCAUUCCGGGCCUUCCUGAAGAGAGUAGACAGAACUCUAGCAACACACAUGCUGAGCCUCCAGGAGCUGCUGCUAUGUCCAGUGUGGAGAAUCCAGGAGUAUGUGACUCUACUUCAAGCUCUGUGUCUACACACACUCUCUAGUCACCCUGACCACGCACACCUCUGCGCUGCCCUCAACACGCUGCGCCGCUACAGAGAAUUCCUCCAAAAGUUAAAGCGUAACACGGAGAGAGACAGACUGAUGGUGGAAACACAGCAGAUGAUCCAAGGCUGUCCGAACCUCAGUGAAGGCAACAGGCAGCUGAUCAUAACUCAGGAAGCUGCUUUGCUCAGGAGUCCCGAUGAACUUAUUCCCGACUCGCUCAGGACCUACGAGCAGGUGUCUGACCUGAGCCUCUUCCUUUUUAAUGAUGCUCUGGUGCUGACGCGGAGAAACGUGCAUCACACACCGUUCACGCUGGCGCACCGGAGCACACACACCUUCCUGGCGUCAGUGGCCCUCACCAGCCUGGCUGUCAGAGAGAUCACACACACUCGCUACGUGCGCCACGCCUUCGUCCUGGAGGGUCCGUGUCGCUCCUGGGUGUGUGCCACAGAGAGAGGCGAGGAGCGCGACCACUUCCUGUCUGCGCUGCGUUCAGCCGUCCACUCUGCGCUGACGGCACAUCAGUGACUGGAUGCAGACGACAUACGAGGAUUUCAGCAUGUUGCAUUUCCACACAUGCUCCGAGCUUCCAGCGAUGAUCCCCUGCUGAGAGCCUUUCACACCGCACCCAGCGGCGGCCAUCCAUCACUACUGCUCCAUGGGUCACAGAUGCAGCGCAGGCAUUACUCACUUUUACACUUCCACAGAGAUGAUAGCGGUAACAGCGUAAACCCUCAAAUCCAGAAAGGUAUGGAUGUGAAUUAUUUAUGCAGCUAAAGUCGAGCUGCCUGUGGGAGAAGCCUCCACUCAAGGAAGGUGUCGGCAAUAAAAUGCUACGUAAAGAUAAUGGAACAACCGUCCACGGGGGGGGUUUAUCAAGUGCUACAUUAAAGUGUCACAUCCUGAGCAAACAGGUUUGAGCUGAUGAAAUAUGUUCCUACUCCUAGCCCCGUCUUCCUUUGCCGUUUUUAUAGCCAUCUGUCCCUGAGUCUCCCGUGUUUGUAUGUCUUCGCUCGCUCACAUGGGAACAGCUCCUGCAAAAGCAGCGUCCAUCUGGUCUGUCAGCGUCCGCCCCGCUGAACAAACUGAUCUCAGCUGACUUAUUUUGACACCACUUGGCAGCCGAGGCCUGCAGGUCAGGCAGCGAGAGCGAGAGGGGGGACUAAUGUUGGACAACACCGGCGUUUCUCUCCGGGUAUAUAUAGUGCUCUUUUCCCAGAGCUGCGAGCGGCUGGUAUUCUGUGUGAGAAACAGGAGCCUCGCGAUCAUCACCAGUCGUGGUCCACCACUCCGCUGUUUUAUGGCCAAACUCCAUGUGUCCCUCAGUCCACGCUCGUCAUGGACCCGCUGACCUCAGCCACACACUGCUUCCACGAUAAUCUACACAAAGGCUGUCAUGUACUGCAGACUGUGUGCUUAAAUCAUAUGAUUAGACCUUUAGAGCAGUGUUUCCCAAACAUAAAACUCCAUUUUCUGCAUGACAUUUACAUGCUGUGUUAUUUUCUUAUGAAUUGUAAUUCACAUUUUGAUUGACAGCUUAUAGAAUGCCGGUGAAUGUGAAGACUGAUGCAAAACACAUGUCCUUAACUUACAAGAGCACAUACUAUAAAUAAAUAUUAUAAAUAUAAUGAAAAUGCUAUAAAAAAUGCUAAACUAUCAUUUGGUUUAACACUAUCAGUCAAAAAGCAUUAAAAUAAUUUUGUUAUUUGAAAGUAACGUGUAAAAUCUAAUUGUGAAACUGCAGAUUGCAACAAACAGGCAACUCCUUCCUUUC